AUUAAGUUUCCGUAACAGCCAUUAAACAAGCACCACGUGGAAACUAUAGAAAAGCAACUCCACGUGGUAAUCAAAUCUAAUAUAUAAUUUAAGAGUUUUUUUCUCCAACUCUCAUUCACAGCACUCCAAAUUCCCAUCCCUGCAAUUCUAGCCCUCCUAUUUUUUAUUUUUUUUUUUUUUUGAAAAAAAUAACCAAUAACCACCAUUGUUAGUUUGUUACUCAUAACUACCCGUAUCACUCAAUUAAAAUCUAGCCCUCUAUUAAAAAAAAAAACAACAUAAUAACCACCCUUUAAUAACUAUCACUUCUAUUAUUUUUUUUCUCAUAAUAUAUACCAUACAACAUAUAUCCCGUGCAUGACAGCAUGAGCACGGGUACACUCUAGUUAUUUACCAAGUACAGUACUUGUUUACCAAAUUAGACAUUUACUUAUCACUCCCACGACACGAUACCAGUGUAACGCUUAAUUCGACGAACUCACCGCCAUUUUUAUCAUUUUUCCGAUCUUCAAUCAAACCAACACUCAAACAUUCCGGCAAACUAGGGUUUUUCGCCGGCAAUCUUCCACCUUUUCCGACGAAAUUUCGCGGGGAAAUAUGGAUCCCUUACUUCCGAUCAUACUCCUAUCAUUGAUUCUCGGAGCAAUCAUCUCGUUUCUCAUCUUCGGAAAUUAUUUCAGGAAGCAGAAAUCCGAAGUUGAAGCACUUGCGAAAGGCGAGCCUGUUAACGAUACGAUUUCUAAGAAGCCUUCGAAACCUACUGCUUCCAAAAAAUCUCAAUUUAAGCAUCAUUCUCAUGCUUCUGAUAAGGAGCAAAACAAGAAGCAUCAUCCAUUGAAUUUGAACACGUUGAAAGGUCAUGGUGAUUCGGUUGGUGGUCUGUGUUUUUCAUCAGACGGAAAAAAUUUGGUCACAGCUUGUGCAGAUGGUGUGGUCCGAGUUUUUAGGCUGGAUGAUGUUUCAAAUAAAAGUUUCAAAUUCUUGCGUAUUAACAUGCCAGCUGGAAACCAUCCAACUGCUGUUGCUUUCUUAGAGGAUGAUUCAUCAAUUGUAGUAGCUACUCAAAAUCUUUUGGGAUCUUCAAUUUAUAUGUAUGCAGAAGAGAAUGCUAAACCUUCGAGUGAAAGUAAACAAGCGAAGCUUCCUCUUCCUGAAAUCAAAUGGGAACAUCACAAAAUCCAUGACAAAAAUGCAAUAUUGAAUAUUUUUGGAGCUAAUGCUAGAUAUGGCAGUGCUGAUGGAAGCACUGUUAUAGCUUCCUGCUCAGAAGCAACUGAGAUUAAGCUUUGGCAUGGAAAAUCCGGAAAGCUAUUGGGAACAGUUGAUACUAAUCAACUUAAAAACCACAUGGCUUCAUUAUCACAAAAUGGACGUUUUAUGGCAGCUGCAGCAUUUACUGCUGAUGUGAAGAUUUGGGAAAUCAUUUACUCAAAGGAUGGUUUUGUUAAGGAGGUUAACAAGGCUAUGCAACUCAAGGGACACAAGAGUGCAGUUACCUGCCUAUGCUUUACAGCAAACUCAGAUCAAAUUAUAACUGCAUCCAAGGAUGGCACCUUAAAAGUAUGGAAUAUUAAUGUUCGCUAUCAUAUGGAUGAGGACCCCAAGAUUCUAAGAGGAUUUCCAAUUCCUCUGCAUGAUUCAAAAGGAGCAACUUUGCAUUAUGUUCAUCUUAGUUUAUCUCCUGAUGGAAAGAUACUUGCUGCUACUCAUGGCUCUACAUUGCAAUGGCUAUGUUCUGAGACUGGAAAGGUUUUGGAUACUGCUGAAAAUGCUCAUGACGGUGAUAUUACAUGGAUUACAUGGGCACCUAAGGCCCUUCCUGUUGGGAAUUCUGAAUCUUUCAUUUUGGGGUCAUCUGGAGUUGACAAGAAAGUUAAAUUAUGGUUGGCACCUUCUAUUCCUUCAUCAUGAAUAAGUCACAUGGUAUGACGCUGAUGUCUGGAAAAGCAUCACUGCCGUUUCUUCAUAAAUUUCGCGAUUUUGUAGUUUACAAAAUAUUAUACGGAGUAACAAUUGAUCAAACGGUAUUAUAACAAUUGUUGUUGUAAUUAGCUGUUGGGCUUUACUAUGAGAUAGAUUGUUCAAUUUUGUACAAUCUCCAUUUUCGAAAACUCUACUCACUUACCAUGUGUUCAAAAUAUAAUGUGUUUUAUUUAAAACUCGAUUCACUUUCUUCAA